GCUGCAAAAACAGCCUUUCAAAAGCUAGUUAAUUCUCAGGGACAGUUCUUGGUGCCUGUAGUGUUUGUCACCAAUGCAGGGAAUUGCCUUCGCCAGAAAAAAGCUGAUCAGUUGUCUCAUCUCCUGGAAGUUCCAAUUUCACAAGAUCAAGUGAUGAUGUCACACAGCCCUCUGCGGAUGUUCAAACGUUACCAUGAAAAAUGUGUUCUUGUGUCUGGCCAAGGACCGCUUCUUGAAAUUGCUCAAGACCUUGGGUUCUGUCAGCCUAUUACCAUUGAAACACUGCGGGAGAAACACCCUUUGCUAGAUGUAGUUGACCAUGACAGAAGACCUAACGUUCCGUACACCUCUGCUGUGGAGCUUCCCAAGAUUGAGGCUGUUGUUUUGUUUGGGGAGCCAGUCAGAUGGGAAACCAACCUCCAGUUGAUAAUAGAUGUUUUGCUGACCAGUGGCUAUCCUGGAAAUCCCUAUCACCGUGAAAAUUACCCUCACAUUCCUGUACUUGCCUGUAACAUGGAUCUGAUGUGGGUAGCUGAAGCACAGUCUCCAAGGUUUGGGCAUGGAACAUUCAUGGUUUGUUUGGAAAACAUUUACAAGAAAAUCACUGGCAGAGAUCUGAAAUAUGAGGCCUUAAUGGGCAAACCCAGUAAGCUGACUUACCAGUAUGCAGAAUAUCUCAUCAGGGCUCAGGCAGCGGAAAGACAAUGGAAGCAACCUAUCCAAACCCUGUAUGCUGUCGGAGAUAACCUCAUGACUGAUAUCUAUGGUGCUAACCUUUACAAUCGCUAUCUUGAAGAGAACUCCAGAAAAGGUUCAAAAUCACGGAUUCAGGCCAAAGUUGCUGGUGGCAGAGGAUCUGCUGCUCUCUCUCACGAUGAUGAAAUAGGCAACAGCUGGGAGAAUGAAUUGGCAUCUGCAGCUGCUGCCCACUGUAGGUCUGUUCUUGUUUGUACUGGGGUUUACAACCCUCACACGGAGGUACCUUUGGAUACCAGGGAGAGUGUAACUGAAACCGUGUUCCAUGGCCACAGAGAUUUUAGAUUUGAUCCUGGUUUAGUAGAACCAGAUCAUAUUGUACCAGAUGUUGAUGCUGCCGUAGACCUGGUCUUCCAGCUAGAGAACUUUGCACCUAAUUGA